UUUUGUUAUAUAUAUAUAUAAUUUUAUCUCUAAGUAAGUUGUUAUUUUUAUAACAGUUUAGAAUUGUAAUAUGGAUCUAGCAAAAGAGUUAAUAUUAAAUCUUAAACAAAAAAAUGUAUCGCAUGUGGGAUAUGGUUUACAAAAGGAAUGUGAAGCACUUGUUGGACAUAUUUUGCAAAAUAUGGUGAAGUCUCAAUUACCGCCGUUAAAUGUUGACAGAAAAAAUAAAGAGGAUUCAGUUAAAUAUAGAGAAGAAGGAAAUCAACAUUUCGUUAUGGGUGAUGAUAUUGAAGCUAUAGAAAGUUAUACUAAAAGUCUUGCAUAUGCUAAUGAUAAAGAAUUAAUGGCAUAUGCAUAUGCAAAUAGAUCUGCAGCUUUGUUUAGAAAAGAAAUGUAUAAAGAAUGUUUGAUAGAUAUCGAUGCCGCUUUAUUAUGUGAGUAUCCAGAAAAUAAAAGAAAAAAACUUAAGGAAAGAGGAGCUAGGGCAAUCGAUGAACUUAAGAAAACUUUACAAAUAACUGUGGAUAAAGAUAGUAAUGUUGAAGAAAUUAUAAAUCAAAUUUGUUUGAAUCAAAAUGCAAAAAAAGACAUUACAAAAACAAAGACUGAAGAUAUUAUGCAUGUUAACGAUCAAAAAAAUGGAAAAGAUUUAUUGCUUGAUAAUCAAAAUCAUGAAAAACGAUUUUUUAAUGUUAGCCAUUUACCGAUUAAAUGUAUAACAAAAAAGCCAAGAUAUUUAGAGAAAGAAGGUCCUUUAUUACUCACUCAUAGUCAAAAUAAGGAAUGUCCUGCUGCUAGCGAUGGUAUCGAAAUUGUAUUUUCUGAAGAAUUUGGACGUCACUUUAGAGCUACCAAAAAGUUUGGUCCAGGUGAUAUAAUUACAAUUGAAAAACCAUAUGCACACGUCAUCUACGAAGAAAGGUUUUAUACACAUUGUCAUCAAUGUCUCUCAAGAUGUUAUAAUUUAAUACCAUGUCCAAAUUGUCCAAUAGCACAAUAUUGUUCAGAAGAAUGUAAGAAGACAGCUUGGGACAUGGCUCAUAUGACAGAAUGUCCAAUUUUGGCACUAUUACAAAGUUUAUUGAAUGUUGAUAAAGAUAAGAUAAAAAUGAUUAUUAAAAUUGUUAGACUGCUAAUCGUAGUAACAGAAAAUGGCUCUAAGAUAAAGGAAUUACAAGAGGAUAUGAAAAUUGCUGAAUCCAAUUCUGAUAGCAGAACAGCAGGUUUUACAGAUGAAGGUGUAUUGUCUAGUUUCAGUGCUCGAUCUGCUCUAAGUCUUGCAACGAAUAUGACAACGAGACCAUUGAUUGGUAUCAGUGCAUUUGCAUGUAUUUCAGCUCUUACUUCUAUUCUUCUAGCUAUACGGACUAAUUUCUUUGGCAAAAAAUAUGAAAUUGAUAAUUUGGAAGAUAUUAGUGAAUUAUUUGAUUUAAAAUUUUGUGGUAGUAUUAUGUUUCGAGCUUGCGUUAUUAUGUCUUCAAAUUGUUUUUCAGUACAACAAGAGCCAGGAAUUAAAUCUGGAUCAGGUUUAUACGUGACACAUAGUUUGUACAAUCAUUCAUGUAGUCCAAAUACAUUAAGACAUUUUGAAGGGCUGACUAUGAUUACUCGUGCGUUACAGCCAAUUUUACCAGGAGAUCAAGUUUUCACGAGUUAUGGUCCUGCAUAUGCAUAUAUGUCACGUGCAGAAAGGAAAGAAAAAAUAAUGCAGGAUUAUUUUUUUGAUUGUCAAUGUUCUGCAUGUGUAUUCAAUUGGCCCACUUAUAAUGAAAUACUUAGCAAUCACGUGGGUUCAAUUACAAAAAAUAAGCAACUCGUGGAAAAAUUAAAACCCUUUAAACAAAGACUUCUUCAGAACAUGUAUGAUAUCGAUGCAGUAAAAAAUGUUCUUAAUAUUUUAUAUAGUGAAGUAUCUCAACCAUGCGAAGAAAUAAUUCAUGCAGAACAAUAUCUCAGAAGCUACUAUUUAGAUCCAUAAUACAUGGGUUUAUUUAUUAAGCAAUAUAUUUAAUAAAAAGACAUGAAAUAUUUCUAAAAAUUUUUUAUUUAAGUUAUAUGCAUAUCUUGCUAGAGGACACUAAAUACAUGCACAUUAUUUUUUACAUCAACUUGAAGAAAUGUGUAUACAUAUACACACACACAUUAUAUAUAUAUAUAUAUUUAUGUGUAUGUAUAUAUAUGUAUGUAUGCAUCUGAUAUGUAUAUAUACACAUUUAUUUAUUAAUUUACUUAUUAAUCAGCGUCAACACGAGAGAAUUAUAAACUAAUGUGUACAUGUAACUAUAUAGUUUAUAACAAUACUUUACCUGUUCGGUAAGUAUAUUUAUUAAUUCCUAUUAAUAUAAGAAAUAAAUCUAUAUUAUUAAUAUAUGAAAAGAAAAGA